CUGCGUUCUUCCGCCUGCAAGCAGCGACGAAAAGACGCGGAAGUUGAGAGAUAGUUACUGCCCCUGAGCAGGUCCAUCCUAACAAGGUUGGUGUUUGGGGAGGGAUACAGGCAGCAUACAGGUAGAGCCAUCAGCAUGGAUAUGGAUGUUAUGGACAAAGUGGUCUUUCUGGGCGCCGUGACCGUCCUCAGCGCCCUGCAGAACGUAUUCUUUGCCUACACGGUGCAGAACGAAUCUGUUAAUCAACGCCCAGCGAACACAGCUUUCGGGCGGGUCAGUGUGGCCAACCACAACUGCAUUGAAGUUUACCCUACGUUCCUGGCUCUACUGUGGACCGCUGGACUUUUCUGUAGUCAAGCUCCUGCUGCCUUUGCUGGAAUGUUGUACUUGAUAGUGCGGCACAAGUACUUUGUUGGAUAUCUGGGAGAAAGCAGUCAAAGCCUCCAUGGGUUUUUCUUUGGCAAACGUCUAAUAGGCUUUCUCUUCAUCAUGUCAACUGCUGGAAUUGUCAACUACGCAACAAACUACCUCUUUGGGAUUAACUUCCUGUUUUACAUUCAAACGCUCACAAAGGCUUCUGCUGCCCUGCUCCUCAUUCCGUAGUCCAGCAGGGGGCACUGUCUGCGGCAUCCGUCAAUGAAUCCGACCUGCUGUGUUUAAUCAGAAUCUAUCUGUGCCUUUGUGAUUAAAACAUUAAUUGUA